GCCCGGCAGAAGGUGGGGUUCCCGCGCCCCUUAGCCAGCCCCGCCCCCUGAGCUCUGGGAGGGUCUGGAAGACCGGGCUGGGCCGGAGAGCUCGGGUUACAGCCCCCUCCCCCUCGGCCGGCCUGUGCUGACCGGGGGCCCUGGAGCCGCGCAGACGGCGGGGAGGCCACCCGCAGGCGCCCCGCGCGGAGAGCACGGCCCCGAGGAGGGGCUGCAGGCCCGGGUCCCCAUGCCCGCCCCACUGUCCCUCCUGAUGCUCGUGGGGUUGACGGCGGGGGCCAGCCUGCUGCCAGGGCCCGGCGGCCGCCCAGGCAUGUGCCCCGACCAGCUCAGCCCCCGCCUGUGGGUGGACGCGCAGAGCACCUGUGAGCGCCCGUGCGCCAAGGACGAGGACUGCGCGCCGGCCGAGAAGUGCUGCACCAACGUGUGCGGGCUGCACAGCUGCGUGGCCGCCCGCUUCCCGCACGCCGGCCCGGCCGCCCCGGCUUCCUGCGAGGGCUUCGCCUGCCCGCAGCAAGGCUCCGACUGCGACAUCUGGGACGGGCAGCCCGUGUGCCGCUGCCGCGACCGCUGCGAGAAGGAGCCGAGCUUCACGUGCGCCUCGGACGGCCUCACCUACUACAACCGCUGCUACAUGGACGCCGAGGCCUGCCUGCGCGGCCUGCACCUGCGCGCCGUGCCCUGCAGGCACGUCCUGCGCUGGCCGCCCGGCACCGCCGCGCCCCCCACGCCCGGGGCCGCCGCCGUGCCGCCCGCGCUCUACAGCAGCCCGGCCCCGCAGGCGGUGCCCGUCGGGGGCACGGCCAGCCUGCAUUGCGACGUCCGCGGCCGCCCGCCGCCCGCCGUGACCUGGGAGAAGCAGAGCCCGCAGCGGGACGGCGUGGUCAUGCGGCCCGACCGCAUGUACGGCAACGUGGUGGUCACCAGCCUGGGCCAGCUGGUGCUGUACGACGCGAGGCCCGAGGACGCGGGGCUGUACACGUGCACGGCGCGCAACGCGGCCGGCCUGCUGCGCGCCGACUUCCCGCUGUCCGUGCUGCCCGCCUGCCCCGGGCCCGGGCCCCGCGGGCCCUGGCACUUCGACCCGCAGCGCGGCAGCUGCGCCACUUUCCCGGCCGCGGGCUGCGACACCUACGAGGGCUUCGACACCUACGAGGCGUGCCAGCAGGCGUGUGCGCGCGGCCCGCGGGACGCCUGCGAGCUGCCGGCCGUGCAGGGCCCCUGCCGGGGCUGGGAGCCGCGCUGGGCCUACAGCCCGCUGCUGCGCCUCUGCCACCCCUUCGUGUACGGCGGCUGCGAGGGCAACGCCAACAACUUCGAGAGCCGCGCGAGCUGCGAGGUGGCCUGCGCCGGGCCGCGCGCGCCGCCUUGCCGGGCCUGCCGGCCGCGCGGGAGGCUGGUGCCCAGCCUGUGCCGCAGCGACUUCGCCGUGGUGGGCAGGCUCACCGAGCUGCAGGCCGAGCCCGAGGCGGGAGGCGGCAUCGCGCGCCUGGCGCUGGACCGCGUGCUCAAGGACGACAAGAUGGGGCUCAGGUUCCUGGGCACCCGCUACCUGGAGGUGACGCUGAGCGGCUCGGACGCCGCCUGCCCCUGCCCCAACGUGACGGCCGGCGACGGGCCGCUGGUCAUCAUGGGCGAGGUGCGCGACGGUGUGGCCGUGCUGGACGCCGGUAGCUACGUGCGCGCCGCCAGCGAGAAGCGCGUUAAGAAGAUCCAGGAGCUGCUGGACAGGAAGGCCUGCGAGCUGCUGGGGCGCUUUGAGGACUAGACGGAGGGGCGGGGCGGGCUGGA